AUGGAGCAUGUGACGAACACGACAGGAGUCAGAGAAUUCUGGAUUCUGGGAUUUCAGAACACCAACAGCACUAAAAUCGUUGUAUUUCUUUUGUUUCUAAUAUUUUAUAUUUUAACAUUAUUGGCUAAUUUUACCAUCAUAUCACUGGUCAUCGUGUGUCACCACAUCAAAGCUCCGAUGUACUUCUUCCUCAGCCACCUGUCUCUCAACGACAUUCUUCUCUCAACCACCAUUGAACCUGAAAUGCUCCAGGUUAUAUUGAGGGAAGGAAGCGCUAUUUCUCUGUCUGGAUGCUUUAUUCAGUUUUAUUUUUUUUCCAUGUCUGCUGCUAAUGAAUGUCUCCUCCUCACCGCGAUGUCCUACGACCGAUAUUUGGCCAUCUGCAACCCAUUGCGUUAUUCCUCCAUCAUGGACCUCAAACUUUGUAUUCUUCUUGCAACUUCAUGUUGGGUUUGUGCGAUACUUAUUGCUUUACCACAUAUUUUUAUGUUGCAGAAAAUUACAUUUUGUGGGUCAAAUAAAGUUGACCAUUUUUAUUGUGACCUUCCUCCACUUCUCAGACUUGCUUGCUCAGACACAUCAUCUAUUGAAAUAGCAAGUACCAUCAGUGGAAUACCGGUAGUGUUGAUUCCAUUUAUUUUUAUCUCUUUAACUUAUAUAAAUAUAAUUGCCGCCAUCCUCCGGAUCUCUAACUCAGCCGGGAGGCAAAAAACCUUCUCGACCUGCAGCUCCCAUCUAACUGUGGUCUGCAUAUACUAUGGGUCUAUUGUGUUUAAUUAUAUGGUUCCACCUAAGGGAAAAUACCUAGGGUUACAGGAAACGGUCUCUGUGUGCUACCCGAUUGUUACUCCACUGCUGAACCCUGUUAUAUACAGUCUGAGGAAUGAAGAAAUUAAAAGGAAAAUCACACAUUUCGUUUCAAAAUAUUAG